GAGAGUAGAGCCCCGGCCCGGGGCAGGCUAGAUAUCCACCAAACCAACACGAAGCUUUACUUACAUGUUGUUAUGACUGUAGUCUUUUACUUUUUUAGUACAUGUACAGACACUCGUGAAUAAACAGUAUUGUUUUUGUAGGGGCACCCUGGGCAAAGCAUUCUUGAAGUCACUACUCGUCCUGUCCAGUUGGUGUGAGUGGGAAGCGAGAGGUAAACAAACCUCAGAGUGCUCUGGAAGAAGGAAGCCGCAUCGAGCCGAAAACUCGACACAAUGAAAUCAGUGACGGGAACCGCUCGCGGCAUGGCCGUGGCCGCGCUGGUUUUCACCACGCUGGCGCUCAUGGACGGUACGGCCACUCAGCUUCUCCACAGCUGGGCAGACGCCAGCAUCAGCGAUCCGCUCAGCGACGAAAUGGUCAAGCUACUGGACGCGGGGCUCUGGGAGGUGUGCGCCACCGACAGGCUCAUGGACAUUGCCGAAAUUCCGACGCGCUGCUACGCGGUGAAUGGAACCGAUCUCGUGUAUGUGAAGGGAGCAAGCCUCGGGAGCCUGCUUCUCGGCCUGCUGGCUUGGAUAGCCAUCAUUGGUGCGUUCACCAGCACAGCCUCUCAGCUACUGGCAGCUACCUUCAGCUUCCUGCAGUGCGCGGCCAUGUUGGGAGCCACUGGGCGCUUCACCAAUCUGGUGAGCACACACGAUGGCCUGUCCUUCCUGCCCAACCUGAAGGGCACGCCAAUACUGCUAAUAGACGACUUUGGGCCCACCGUAUCCUACGGCUAUGCGUUCUACUUUGCCUGGUCGUCCGCUGGCCUAGCUCUCAUCUCAACGUUGUUCAUGGCGUUUGCCGCCUGCGUCUCGGCGCGUGCCAAGCAAGCACCGAAUCAGUACCAGCUGGUGGAGGUACUCAAGCCCAACGAGCCAACCCCACCGGGUAUUGACCAGGCAUGAACAAACAAUUGGCAUGGUGCUUCCACAGUGUAGCAUAGUUGCAUUGCCUCUUGCUUCGCCUCUCCCAGCACUAACCAACAAUGUAAACUACGACUUUGCCUCGCAUACACUUGUAGAGCUAAGGUCGGCCCGCACCUAUCCUCAUCAUAGCCAACAAAUUUCAAAUAUAUAUCAUAGCGUUGGUGAUGCUGCGGGCUUGGUUUUUUCAACGCUCUCUUCCGCUCUCUGCUGUUCUAUCCCUUUGAAUUCUGUGCAUAGUGCCAUUAGUGGCAUUGGCCAAGAUCAAUUUUUCACAUUGGAUUCCUAGACCGCAGCAACUCUGGUAGUCUAUUUUACUUCAUUUACUUGAAACUGCAGGAAAUAGCAUUAGGAAUAUUACGUUGUUGCUCCAAACUAUACUGUUUUGCCACUGGCCAGUGUUCAAAUGCCAGGCCCAGAACCCGCUCCUGAGGGGUGAUGCGGGCCCCCGUCUGAUCGCCUUCAGGGCCGAUGAUUUCACCCAUGCCCAAUUUCAGUGGCAUGGAAGGGUGCACUGCACCUCUAGCUCUCCGCUGCAUCAUAAUUAUAAUUAUCAGAUCGAGUAAUUUUAUCUAGUUGACUCA